GAAACUACUUUGAUUUCAUUGUCUCCUAUAUAUUUCCCUGCCGUCACCGCACUGAGAGAAGGGUUUCACUCCUCACAACCCAAUGCAAGGGCCUCCUAAAUACUUUGAUUUGCUUUACACGGCUCCAAUUCUUUCAAGUCCACGGUAAACACACCAGAUGAGUGACUGGGAAAUAAAGGUUAGUUUUAAUUCAAAGCAACAACUUUGAAUAUCACAGUAGAGUUGCAUUUAGCUCUGUUUGUCUUCAUGAUGUAGGCAUCAAUGGAAGGUUUCGUUAUAGGGAUGGGGAAGAAAUUGGAUCCAGUUUGCUUUUUAAGCAAGUCUACCUAAUUCACACUUUCUAAAACAGUCAGCAAAAUGAAACACAGCCAUCCUUCAAAAUUCACACUUCUCUGAAUGUUGCAAUGCAAUUCACCAGCUUUAACAAUGGAGAAGAGCCUCAUAUCGGUGUUGCUUUUGCUCGUCGCCGUCUCGUACAUUUCGGCGAAAGACACGACGACUGUGAAAAGUGAAAAGAAGGAUGUAAAAGAAACCCGUCCCAAACUGCCCCAGACUCUCUCCAGAGGCUGGGGGGAUCAGCUUAUCUGGACCCAGACUUAUGAAGAAGCUCUCCAUAAAGCCAGGACAAACAACAAACCUAUAAUGAUCAUCCACCACUUAGAAGACUGCCCUCACAGUCAAGCACUGAAGAAGGCAUUUGCUGAGCACAAAGAGAUACAGAAAUUGGCCGAUAAGUUUGUUCUCCUCAAUCUUGUUUAUGAAACCACAGACAAACAUCUUUCACCAGAUGGCCAGUAUGUUCCCAGAAUCAUGUUUGUAGAUCCUUCACUGACAGUUAGAGCAGAUAUUACUGGAAGAUAUUCCAACCGCCUCUAUGCUUACGAGCCUUCAGACAUUGCAUUAUUGCUUGCAAAUAUGCAGAAAGCUCUGAAGUUGUUGAAGACUGAAUUGUAAAGAAAGAAAACCGACACACUCUCAGGUCUUCCACCUCUAAGGCAGCGUAUAAAAAAAUUGUUCUCACCAAAGUGAAUGCGUAGGAUGCCCUUGGAUAUGCAUAUCAACAACUCACAGUAUGCAUAACUUCCAGGAGGAUAACUGUGCUAUAAAUACUCAUUUGUAACUGUGUGGUAUUAUGUAUUGAUUGCUUUUAUAAAACAAGACUAAAAACACUGUAUGCUCUUUUCUAUGAAUCAAGAUUAAAGAGAAAAACACUUUAUGGAGUUUGCA